GGUGAUCGCUAAGGGACAGUUCAAACCGCUACAUCUCCAGUUUGGCCCAGAAAGUGGGAUUUUUUUCAACAGUAAACCCAAACGCUGCGUCUUUAUUAACUUAUCCUGUUGCUUUCAGACGCGAUCCUUUCGGUUGACAAUGAUUUACUGAUGGAGACGAUGUGAUAUGAUGCAUCUGUUGGUGGCGGUUUGUUGAUCAGGUGAAGCAAACGGAGCCGAGGAGGAGUCUCCGAAGAGAAGUCCUGUUUUAAACCUAAUUAAGCCCAACAAUCUCAAACUGGCUGAAAUGGACGAGCAAAGUGUAGAGAGCAUCGCCGAGGUGUUUCGUUGCUUCAUCUGCAUGGAGAAACUGAGGGAUGCUCGCCUGUGCCCGCACUGCUCCAAACUCUGCUGCUUCAGCUGCAUACGGCGAUGGCUGACGGAGCAGAGAGCACAGUGUCCACACUGUCGCGCUCCGCUGCAGCUGAGGGAGCUGGUGAACUGUCGCUGGGCCGAGGAGGUCACUCAGCAGCUGGACACCCUGCAGCUCUGCAGCCUCACCAAACACGAGGACAAUGACAAAGACAA